AUGCAAAUAUAAACUACUGCAAUAGUCAAACAAGUAGUGUCCUCCUUAUUUGCAGCUGUAGCUUCAAUGUUGUUGAAAAUGGUUUCAGACUUAGAUUUUAACUAAACCUUAUAUCUAAGAGCAUUAAUAGGGUUAACACUGCUUGCAAGUGCUACUAUCUACUAUAAACUUCAAGUUUACAACUUUGAUAAGCCAACUAUGGAUAGUUUAAUUAAUAGAGGUUUAAUUGGUGGAUUUGGAGCAUUCAUUUAUUUUAAAGGAUUAAAUUUAGUACUUGUAUCUGAAUCGAUUCUUUUGAAUAGAAUGUCUCCUUUUUGGACAUCGAUCAUAUAUAUAUUAGUUUUAAAGAAGGAAUAAUUCAAUAUUCGAUUAAUAAUAAAUAUGACAAUGUCCUGUUUAGGAAUAUUUUUAAUAGCAAAAAACAAUAAUUAGACAUAACUUGCAGUGGAUUCCUAUUACCAUUGGAUAGGCAUAUUUUUGAUAUUGGUAGCAUCCAUUACUUAAGCAAUAGUUAAUAUUUUAGUUAAGUCUGUUAAUAAACAAGUUGAUAGCAUUGUAAUAACCUUAUACUAAGCAUUUUUUGCGAUUAAUUUACCUGUAAUAAAUUCUCUAUUUGACGGGACUAAUUUUAAGAUUCCUUCAGUAAAUGGGACCUCUAUGAUCGCAAUUGCUUCAGUUAUAUCUUUAUUGGCAGGAAUAUUGUAGGUUCAAUCUAUGAGAGAGGGCAAAUUAAGUGUUGUGUCAAAUGUUAGUUAAAUCUAACUAUUCUUUGGGUAUCUGAUUGAUUUCUUUGUUUUUUCUGCAAAGUUCAAUACAGAAUAGAUAAUUGGAAACGUUUUAUUAUUAUGUUCUCUAAUUCCUCUAAUUUGGAAAUGAUGUAUAUCAUUAUACUUAAUUAAUAAAAUUGUCUAUUUUAUGA